GUUCCUCACCUUCACAUCAAGUAUGAAGUUCUUGCAGUUUUCUAUUGUUGUUUCUUUUAGUUUGUGUACUAUUGGAAAUGCUUUGAAUUGUCCACCUCUGGAAAUGAACGGCUCCAGCCAGUACGAGCUGGUGUCACGGCUGACACACCGCUGCCGCUACGAUCCUCAGGUUCGCCCUGUCCUCGUCCAUGGUGAGCCCCUAGCAGUCAGAGCCAGGUUGUACAUUUACCAUCUCCAGAUGAAGCACUCAACUGCCCUGCAAUUCAAGGUCCAGAUGCUGGUACAGUUGAGAUGGAAAGACGAGCGUCUGGCUUACAGUAACUUCAGUGAAAUGACGGAGCUGAUUGGGCAGCGGCCAAUCGUUGACAGGGUCUGGCGUCCUCAUAUUUUUGGGUCUAAUGAACACGAGAGCAGCCUCAUGGGACUAACCUUCACUGACCAAGUCAUCUCUAUCACACCUCAUGGGGACGUGCUGUAUUCUGCCAGAUUUCAUACGAAACUGCGGUGUGAGACUGAAGAAGGGAAGUUCCCAUUUGAUUACCAAACUUGUCAUCUAAUCAUGAAUAAUUGGAGGUACAACCUGAGCUAUGUUGUACUACAGUGGGAGGGCAGCAAGCCGGUUCUCAUGACUCCUGAUGUCUCUAGUCUGACAGAGUUUGACCUUAUUAAACUGGACACCAUUACCUCUAUGGACAUAAAGGGGAAGAGAGACAGCUUUCUUCUUUCCACAAUUUCAGAAGACUGUGACGGCUGGUCUCAUCGGUAUCAGUCUCACAAUGACUCUGCGGGGGACGAAUAUAAUUCUUGCGUGAUUCGCAAAAGCUCCCUGAUUGUGGUGUUCAACUUCGCUCGCAAGUUUGGCUUCUACUUCUGGGACUACUACGUGCCAAGCGUGCUGUUGGUAGUGACGUCUUGGGGCACGUUCUGGGUAGAUCCCGAGGUGGUCCCGUGUCGUGUCUGGCUCGCAACCUGCACAAUGCUUGGGUUCUUUGGUCUGGGAGUCAUGAACGACGCUAUGCCCAAACUGACACAACUGAAAAUGAACGAUAUUUGGUUUAUUGGCUGCAAUCUCUUCAUAUUUUUGUCUCUAGCGGAGUUUGCUUUUGUAAAUAUAGUGCACAGACAAGAAACGAAACAUAUACCACUAAAACGUGCAUCCAGUAAAUAUAUUUUGAAAUCGUCUUUGAGAACGGAAAGUAUACCUUGGAAACGUAAAUCCUCCUCCUGUCCAUCGUCUCCUGAACUUAGGAGGCAGAGAAAAACUGCCCUUGCUGCGAAGAGAAGACAACAGAAAUCUGUUGCGUUUGACCUUGCGAUGGAAGACUUGAACAUUGACGUAAGGAUGAGGCGGCAACUGUCAAGGAGGAGACAAGCUUUCGCAGGCACCCACAUGACCAACAUUGAAAUGGCAAACUGGAUUGACAGACGUAGUCGAAUUCUCUUUCCUGUUGCUUUUAUCAUUUUUAAUUUACUAUUUUGGAGUGCAAUGUUUAUUUAACUAUAUAAACGCCUUUAAAAACUAUUAUAUUAUAAAAUAUGUAGUUUAAAAUAAAUCAUAUAUUUUAUA